AUGCAGCCGCACGAAACAUUCACAGCUCAUACCACCUCAAGCCACCCCACCCCACCCCACCCACCUCAACCUCUCCUCACCUCUGUCCCAAGGCGGUCUUGUCACUUCCCUGGUGCCUGUUCUGGCAAACGCAGUUGCAAAUGCUCCGCCCUUUUUCCUCCACCCUUUUCCCUCCCCUCCGCACUAACCCCUCCCCUCUGCACUAACCCCUCCCCUCCGGCCUUUUCCCUCCAACCGCCUUUUACCCUCUCCUCCGCCCUUCCCCCCCCCUUUUGCUCUUUCCUCUCCCCUCCGCCCCUCCCCUCCGCCCCUCUCCUCCGCCCUUCUCCUUCCCCUCUGCCCUUUCCCCCCCUUUCUGCCCUUUCCCCUCCCUUCCACCCUUCCCCCUCCCCUCCGCCCUUCCACCUCCCCUCUGCCCUUUCCCUCCCCUUCCGCCCUUUCCCUUCGCUUCCACCCUUCCCCCUCCGGCCCCCCCUUCCCUUCCCCUCCGCCUUCCCCCUCACCUCCGCCUUCCCCGUCCCCUCCGCCUUCCCCGUCCCCUCCGCCCUUUUCCCUCCCCUCCGCCCUUUCCCCUCCCCUCCGCACUUCCCCCUCCCCUGCGCCCUUUCCUCCUCCCCUCCGCCCUUUCCCCUCCCCUCCGCCCUUUCCCCUCCCCUCCGCACUUUCCCUUCCCUUGCGCCCUUUCCCGCUCCCCUGUGA